AUGAAUUUCCGGCCUCUGCUGCCGGCCAUUUCCUCUAACAGCGAAGGGAACCCUGGCGGUAGAUUUGAAAAGAAGCGAAACCCUCGAAAGCGCAUGGGAUUUAAUGCGUGUGAUGGGUGUCGUACAAUCAAAUGUCGCUGUGACGGUACUCGUCCCAGCUGCGUCCGUUGCCUUAAGCGACGGGUAGAGUGCGUCUAUAGUGCAGACGCCAAAAAAGAAGCCGCAGAAGUUCAGAAGCGCCAGGGCGACGUACUUCAUCUUCUGCGGACUGCGCCUGAGGACCAGGCUCUGGAUAUUCUUCGACGCUUGCGACGCGGGGGGAGCCCGCAAACUCUGCCAAGAUCGUCUGUGCCGCAAGAUGGUAUCGGUGGACGACAUCAAACUGUCGUGCAAAACUCGCCAGUUGAGUCAGUAGCUACCUCAUCAACGCUAGAGCCCCAAUCCACGACAGAUAACGACUUGUCGGACUCUCGUUCACUUCCAGCAGACACGACUAAGUCCAGCCUAAAUUAUGUAAAGUCUGCAACGCUAGAUCGUCAGCAACCGACUUCCAGCUCUAAAGAGCGAAUCGUUCAUGGCGAGAACCGCCUCGAACGCCUCGAUAUCAACUACUGGACAACAGUGCCCAUUCAGAGCCGAGUAGGCAUGGUAAUCAUUUCGUCCUACUUACAAGAGGAUCAUCCAUUAUGGGGCUAUCUCAAUUUAGACCUCUUUAUAAGGGAUUUAAUCGAGAAGCGAUUUGAAUUUUGUUCGCCUUUCCUUGUUAAUGCUAUGCUCUUACGCACUUCUGAAACGGGUAGCCUUUUAUGUCUUGAAUCGUCUGUAAGAGUUGCUCUCCUCCGCCAGACCGAAAUGUUAUGGCGCGCCGAACGGUCUUGCCACACAGUCCUUAAUCUUGCUGCGAUCCUCAUCUUUUGGCGUAACUUAAGCAGCAAUGAUUCUAACGUAACCCUUGUCACCGGACUGCUGGAGGACGGGCGUCGGAUGGCUGAGCGGGUUCAGUUGUUCGGCGCCGUAGAUUUGGUUGAAGUAGGGAGGAGAUUUAACGCACUGCUUGAAGAGUGGAAGAAAGCAUAUACGCUGCUACCCGAUGAGAGCAGAGUUUUGAAUCCGCUGGGCUGA